AUGAAGGCCACCUGGAUCAGGCUUCUGAAACGCGCCAAGGGAGGAAGGCUGAAGAAUUCGGACAUCUGUGGUUCGGCAGACUCCUACACCAGCCGUCCGUCCGAUUCAGAUGUUUCUUUGGAGGAAGAUCGGGAGACGGUGCGCAGAGAAGCACGACGACAGGCCCAGGCCCAGCUGGAGAAAGCAAAGACAAAGCCCGUUGCAUUUGCAGUCCGGACAAAUGUCAGCUACAGUGCAGCCCAUGAAGACGACGUCCCGGUGCCAGGCAUGGCCAUCUCAUUCGAAGCAAAAGAUUUUCUGCAUGUUAAGGAAAAAUUUAACAAUGACUGGUGGAUAGGGCGAUUGGUUAAAGAAGGCUGUGAAAUCGGAUUCAUUCCAAGCCCAGUCAAGCUAGAAAAUAUGAGGCUACAGCAUGAACAGAGAGCCAAGCAAGGGAAAUUCUACUCCAGUAAAUCAGGAGGAAAUUCAUCAUCCAGUUUGGGUGACAUAGUACCUAGUUCCAGAAAAUCUACACCUCCAUCAUCUGCUAUAGACAUAGAUGCAACUGGCUUAGAUGCAGAAGACAAUGAUAUUCCAGCAAACCACCGCUCCCCUAAACCCAGUGCAAACAGUGUAACGUCACCCCACUCCAAAGAGAAAAGAAUGCCCUUCUUUAAGAAGACAGAGCACACCUCUCCUUAUGACGUGGUCCCUUCUAUGCGACCUGUGGUCCUGGUGGGCCCCUCUCUGAAGGGGUACGAGGUCACAGAUAUGAUGCAAAAAGCAUUGUUCGAUUUUUUAAAACACAGAUUCGAAGGGCGGAUUUCCAUCACAAGGGUCACCGCUGACAUCUCACUGGCCAAACGCUCUGUCUUGAACAAUCCCAGUAAACACGCCAUAAUAGAAAGAUCCAACACAAGGUCAAGUUUAGCGGAAGUUCAGAGUGAAAUUGAAAGGAUUUUUGAACUUGCAAGAACACUGCAACUGGUGGUCCUUGAUGCAGAUACUAUUAAUCAUCCAGCACAACUUAGUAAAACCUCUCUGGCCCCUAUUAUAGUGUAUGUCAAGAUUUCUUCUCCUAAGGUUUUACAAAGGUUAAUAAAAUCUCGAGGGAAAUCUCAAGCUAAACACCUCAAUGUUCAGAUGGUAGCAGCAGAUAAGCUGGCUCAGUGCCCUCCGGAGCUGUUCGAUGUGAUUCUGGAUGAGAACCAGCUCGAGGACGCCUGUGAGCACCUUGCCGACUACCUGGAGGCCUACUGGAAGGCCACCCACCCUCCCAGCAGCAGCCUCCCCAACCCUCUCCUCAGCCGUACCUUGGCCACCUCGACCCUGCCCAUCAGCCCCGCUCUGGUCCCCAGCUCACAGGGUUCUCAAGGGGAUCCGAGGACCGAUCGCAUGGCUGCCGCCCGUUCUGCCUCCCAAGCUGAAGAAGAACCCUGCCCAGACCCGGUCAAGAAACCCCAGCACCACAGCCAUCGCAGCGGGGCCAGCCGAGGCCUCUCCAGGCAGGAGACCUUGGAUUCAGAAACGCAGGAGAGUCGCGACUCCGCAUACGCGGAGCCCAAGGAAGAUUAUUCCCACGAACACGCGGACCACUGUGCCCCGCACCGAGAUCACAGCCACCGAGAGGAACCCCACGGGGGCGGGGAGCGCAGACACAGGGAGUCCCGGCACCGCUCGCGGGACCCAGAUCGAGAGCAGGACCACAACGAGGGCGACAAACAGUGGAGCCGCCACAAAUCCAAGGAUCGCUACUGUGACAGGGAGGGGGAAGGGGUGUCCAGGAGACGGCACGAGGCUGGGGACUGGAACAGGGAGGUUUACAUCCGCCAGUGACUUUCGCCCUUUUGUGUCGUUGGUUUUUUAAGUAGGUCAAGUCUUGAAUACCACCACCCUCCAACUCAAUCUUGGGGGUCUACAUUGCAAUCAUAUG